AUGGGAGAUACCGGAAAAGAACAGUGUCACCUCCACGCCGAGGACACAUCUACAUCUGAGGAACUCCCAGAAAAGUCUGAAGUGAAUAAAGGAGUGAAAAGAAUGACUCAAGCGGAAAAGGCGAGAGCCAUCCGCAAAGCAUGUGCGACACGCGAUGUGGAAGCCUUGGCCGUGCACGCAACUUCAGAAGGCGGGUUACUUGAAGAUGACUUGAGACAGAUAGCCUGGCCUAUUUUGCUACGAUGCGAUGAACAAAGGCAUCAAAUUGAUACGGUUCCAAGUACAGAACUUUUACGGCAUGUCGAUGAGGAACAGGUUGAACUUGACGUCAACCGGUCUUUUGUCUACUAUCCUAAAGCUCCGUUGGAAGAAAUGUUGAAAAAGAAACAGCAGCUAUCAAACCUGAUCACUCAAGUACUGAGGGAAUACCCCAUGCUGUGUUAUUUUCAAGGAUAUCAUGAUAUAGUCCAAGUUCUUCUCUUGGUCCUGGGCGAGAAGCAAGCUGUGCCGGCAGUGGCACAGAUAUCUCUUUUCCGCAUACGUGACUACAUGCUGCCAUCGCUAUCCCCAGCUGUGAAACAUCUCCAUCUCAUCCCUGCAAUCAUUGAGACAACAGACCCCGAGUUAAAACGACACCUUGGCAACAUUGAGCCAUUUUUUGCCCUCGCCGCUACUCUAACACUAUACGCUCAUGAUAUCCAAGAGUACAGCAACAUUUCACGACUUUUCGACUUUCUUCUGGCUCGAGAACCCGUUGUUGCAAUCUAUCUCUUCGCAGCCAUGAUCCUAUCCAGGAAAAAGGAGUUGCUGGAAAUUCCAGCGGAUGAGCCUGAAAUGCUUCAUUUUACGCUUUCCAAGCUACCAUGCCCACUCGAUCUAGAAGGACACAUUCUGCAUGCGGCACAGCUCUUUGAGGAUCACCCGCCGGAAUCUUUGCCGCUUGGGUCCUGGAAACACAUUCCCUGGUGCAGCGUGCUCAAAACUUCACGAGACCCGCAAGGCAAGUACACUGUAGAAGACGCGCUGUACUUGUUCGAAAAGCAAUCCCAACAAAUUCGGGCCGAAGAGCGCAGAAAACAAGCUCUGGAUUUCUUGUGGAGCCACCGUCGCUCCGUGGGAUCUGUGGCCUUGGCUAUCUUGGUUGGAGCUGCAUCUUUCUACAUCCGCAAAAAGGGACUCGAUGCCUCAAUUUGGUCUUAUGUUGACCGAAUUCAAAAGGCAAUCCCAAACUGGAUUUAA